GUGUAAAAAAACAACACCAAACAAUUGCGUUUUUUUUCGUAAGUCGAAACACUUAAAAACCGAAUACGCGCGGCAAUCUGCCUUAGUUCGAACACUGAGUUAGCGCGCAAAAUGUUCAGUGAUAUCAUCAGCAAUGCGAGGGUUUACAUUCUUCAGAUGUAUGCGGCGACUGUGGUUUCUCUGGUCUACAUGAACGUCGCGAUUAGUGUGGCCUACUCGGCUGUGCUCAUUCCAGCCCUGAAAAAUAGCGCCGAUCCCAUCGAGAUUACGGAUCAGGAAGAAAUGUGGAUAGUGAAUUGCGUAAGUCUCGUCAUCCCUUGUGUAUGUGUGCUUCCCGGUUACGCGACGGACCUGUUUGGACGGCUAUGGGUCCUGAAGAUGACGGUGAUAGCGCACGUCGCCGGAUGGGUUACGAUAGCUUUGGCGAAUAGUGGCACAACUCUCAUUAUUGGAAGGGUGAUUGUUGGACUUGGUUUAGCUUUUCAACUGGGACCGUGCUUUGUCUACAUAUCCGAAAUCAGUUCGCCUACCAUGAGAGGCGCACUUCUAAUAUUUCCAACCCUUACCUUCUCAUUAGGCACCCUCCUCGUAUACCUUGAAGGAUACUUUGCCUCCUGGCGAGCUGUAGCAUGGUUCUCUUGCGGGUACGGGGUGAUAUUCAUAAGCCUAUUGUACACAAUUCCAUCCAGUCCCUUUUGGUUGGUGGCGAAACAGCGAACCGAGGACGCGAAAAAAGCGUUGGAGUGGUUGAACAAGUAUCAACCAAUCGAAAAUGUUCAACAAAUCGUCCAAACUGAACUCGGCAAAAUUCAAGAAGAACAAGAGGAGAACAGAAUUCGUUGCAAAACCAGCAGCAAGGUCCAGGAGUUUUUCCUCCCAACAACUUACAAGCCUUUCAUAAUUUUAACGCUGUUGCUUAUUAUUCAACAGUUUGCUGGCUCGUACGUCGUUGUAAUGAAUGCCAUUAUAUUCUUCCAGGAAAUCGGAACAAAAACAGAUCCCUACCUGGCCUCAACCUACAUGGCAGCUACCCGCUUUUUAACCACUUUCAUAUACGUCAUCCUUACAAAGAAAUUUGGCAAACGUCCAGUUCUCAUGGUCAGUUUUCUGGGCAUGGCAAUCUCUAUGGCCGUAUCGGGAUUGUACACCUACUGGAUUAGGACUGGGACAACCGAAUAUACCUGGGUUCCGCUUGUCAUGCUGUUCCUGUACUACGUCUUCACCGCAGGCGUUCUGGGUAUACCAUUUUCGCUUGCAGGGGAACUUUUCCCUGUUCCCGUCCGGGGAAUCGCCUGCAACGUCGCCUUUGGUCUUUUAUACUUCUUUUCCUUCAUCGCCGUUUCGAGCUACCCCUUAUUGCUGGACGGCUUAGGAGGAAUGGACGGCCUGCAGUACUUCUUCGCGAUGGUGGCACUUGUCGGCGUUGCGUUUACGUUCUUGUUCGUUCCCGAAACCGCAAACAAAAGACUGGCCGAAAUCGAGAAGUACUUUUGGUCACACACUUUCGCUAUUUUUGAAUCGAGAGAAGACAAAUUGAACGAAGACAAAAUUAGCAAAAAGAAUCCGAAGAAAAUAUUUAUCGAGUUUCCCUAACAUUAAGAUGUACUGUUUUUUUAUACGUUUUUUUUUAAUAAACGGUAAUUCUUA